CUGCACUACGGGACCAUCAUGGGCAGCAGAGCUUGUGUCCAAAUGGCAGCAGCCGCCUGGGGCAGUGGUUUUCUCUAUGCUCUCCUGCACACUGCUAACACAUUUUCAAUACCACUCUGCCAAGGCAACACAGUGGACCAGUUCUUCUGUGAAGUCCCCCAGAUCCUCAAGCUCUCCUGCUCAGACUCCUACCUCAGGGAACUUGGGCUUAUUGUGGUUGGUGCCUGCUUAUUCACUGGGUGUUUCGUUUUCAUUGUGGUGUCCUACGUGCAGAUCUUCACUGCUGUGCUGAGGAUCCCCUCUGAGCAGGGCCGGCACAAAGCCUUUUCCAUGUGCCUCCCGCACCUGGCCGUGGUCUCCCUGUUUGUUGGCACCUCAUUUUUUGCCUACCUGAAGCCUCCCUCCCUCUCCUCGCCAGCUCUGGAUCUAGUGGUGGCUGUUCUGUACUCGGUGGUGCCUCCA